AUGCUCACUCUAUCCUCCACUACUUUUCUCUUCCUCCUCGGCCUCAUCACCUUCAGCAAUGCACAAACCACCGCACCCUUCUCAGACCCAGUCACUGGCAUACAAUUUCAGCGCUUCUUCGGCGCAAGAACACAAUUCGGAUUUGGCAUUGCACUCCCCGAAAACCCAACUACAGACUUCAUCGGACAGAUGACUUUCCCCUUAACAGCAGCCGGAGGAUGGGGCGGCAUUGGACUCGCAGACGAUAUGGUCGGGCCAUUACUCCUCGCAGCAUGGCCCAAUGGCAACACUGUGGAGUCAUCAUUCCGUCUUGCAUCAGAAGAAGAGGCUUCACCGCCUGUGGCUACGGGUAGCUUUUCAGUGGUGCCUAUACCAAGUGGAACAAGUGUAAAUGCUACGAACUUGUCGUUUACUUUCCUUUGCCAGAAUUGUAUUGAUUCCAGGCUUGGCUUUUCGGCGGGGAAUACGCUCGGGACUUUUGGGAUGGCGUGGGCGCUGGCUGGGAGGCCGGUGAGUGAUCCUGCGGAUGGGGCGACGGAGUUGUCUUUUCAUGAUAAAGGAUUUGAUACAUUUGACGCACAGUUGAAUGCGGCAAGAAGUCCUCUCUUUGGCGAGUGGGCUCAAUUAGCUGGGGCCGACAUUGUGUCGAACGGAUCGACUACAGCUGUGACGCCGGUUGCACCUGGUACUGGAGGGUUCGCUGGUGGAGACGAUGACGAUGAUGAGGAAGACGACGAUGAUGAGGCCGGAGGAGCAGCCGAAUCAGAUGAUGAUGAUGAUUGA